AUGGACAUCCGCAAUUUGCUCAAUCAUCAACAACCCGAUUUGGAUCGUCCAAUGUAUUCAACAUCAUCCACAUCUACCAUCGUCUUUGAUGUCAAGCAAUAUGUAUGCACUUGGGAUGAUUGCGGUAAACGCUUUUCUCGACGAUCGGAUCUUUCACGACAUCGCCGUAUCCAUACCGGUGAACGUCCUUAUCGCUGUGAGUGGCAAGGAUGCGGCAAGCAAUUCAUUCAAAGAUCGGCUUUGACUGUUCACUACCGCACACACACCGGUGAACGUCCUCACGUGUGCGAAUAUGAAGCGUGUGGCAAAUCCUUUAGUGACUCAUCUUCAUUGGCUCGUCAUCGACGUACACACACUGGCAAACGACCUUAUGUAUGCGAUUUUAUCAACUGUGGCAAAUCAUUCACUCGCAAGACUACCCUUUCACGCCACCAACGAUGCCAUGACCCCAACUGGAAAUGCAUUAGACCUUCUCCAGCAUCACCAACAAGUAGUGAAGAUUCGGAUGAAGCUGAUCGUUCACCUAGCCCACCAACGACGCCUACUGAUCAUGGCUCAUAUUAUCGUGCCAAUCCUGCUACUACAAGUACAACUACAACACCACCUCCACCUCCACUUGUCGCACCCAUGGUUUAUAGACCUUCUUCAUCACAACAUCCUACAGCCAAUGACAACCAAAAUGCUAUGCGUUGGUCAUAUCAAACACGCUGGUAUACGGCACCCUCGGCCACCUCAGCAGCAGUAGAGCGUCCUUGUGGAUCGGUCAUGAUGCCUGCCAAUACCUCCAACACCCAUGCAGUUGCACCACAAACAUCCACCGAUCCAUACUUUUAUCGCUUUGUCCAAUCGGAUGCUCGUAACAGCAUCAGCUCAUCCAUUCAAAUCAAGUGA